GGGUUUCCUCCUCUUGUUUACCCCGAUGAAUAUUUCUGAUAUCAAAGAAUCCUCUUCCAUUCCCCCGUCUCUGCAGAUUGAUAAAGGCGCAUGCUAUCCCACGGCUGAGACCUUUCCUUCCAUCGAUUGAUCAAUUGUUCUACCUUCUACUAUCCUUUCACCGAUCCAUCCAUUCAUCAGGCAAGACACACGGGGUGUCUCACACCUCUCGCAAACCCUUUCUCCUCUUCUGUCCUUGUUGGGGCCUCUUUGCCACAGCCUGUGUUUUUGCCAAAACAAAAUAGAAGAAAAAAAAAAGAAACAGAAAAGCCUCACCGGCAAAGUUGGACGAUUACAUCUACUUCUUCUUCUGCCAUCCACCGACAUCUGACUUCCUUUCCCCAUCCGCGUUGCUGAGAACCCUGUCCGGUUAGCAAACAGUGUCUGCGACGCGGUCAUCUCCCCCACCCACCGUUUAGUCCAAGUGACCCCUCUAGCCAGCUCAUCUCUAAAUCGGACGCGCCCCCCGCAGAGUUGGCAAAAGAACCAGGAAGGAAAAAGGAGAUCGCUAGCCCCUCCUUUCCCCGACUCCAAUCUUACCACAUCCGUUAGAUCUGGGCGGUAGCUUCGGAUCUGGCAAUGACUCUGAGACAAAUUCAGCGUCAACCACUCUCUCCGCCGCAGUCAGGUGAUGAAAGUCUAGCUCCAGAGAGCUCUCAAAAAUCGUGUGGAAUUGCCCGCACCAUGUACGACCAGUCGGAUCUCUUCAUGUUCGCCGGCGCGCAGGGAAACCUAGACGCGAAUGGCUCACAGCCAGUGCCCCGGAGCUCACCCUCUUCACACACCAUUACCAACGGCGAUUACUCUCGCAGCCUCCCAGUGCAAUUACAGAUGCAACCCCAUGGCUUUCAAGUCAACACGCCCCCGUCGGAUGAAGUGUCGAUUGCAGGCAGUCUAGAUUCGGCGCCAUCGCACUGGUCGUCUCCGUCGCAAAGGCUCCGGGCACAGAGUACCCCCAAGUCCAAGCUGUCUCGAGCCUCCCGGUCCUCAAAAUCGCCCAAGAUCCGACACAAGAGGAGCAAGACCGAUCCCCCAGUCAUCAACGCUCCGUUGAGUGAACUGACCAAAGACAUGAGCCAUAUCCCGAUUCGGGACAUGGAGGAGUGGGUACAUCGUCCUAUUGAAACACGUCUAAGCCAGACCACUCGCAAGGGAAAGGUCGCCAGACCCAUGAACUCUUUCAUUCUCUACCGUUCAGCGUACGCAGAGCGCACCAAAGAGUGGCUCUCGCAGAACAAUCACCAGGAAGUCUCGAAGGUCGCCGGGCAAAGUUGGAAGAUGGAGCCUCGGGAUAUCAAGCAGAAGUAUGCCUCUCUCGCCAAUAUCGAAAAGGCCAACCACGAGAAGGCGCACCCGGGAUACAAAUAUUCACCCAAGGACAAGAGCAAGCCGACCAAGAAGCCAGGCAAGCCUUCUCCCGGCAUGGGCCACGAUGACACUCCCAGCUCCAGCCCGAGCUUGAGUUCAAGCCAGGCCAUGCUUUCUUCGGAUAUCGAUUCUGGAAUGUGGCAUAGCCGCUGUGGGACACCGAUGAACAUUGUCGAGCAUCAUGGCCUGCCCACGCCCAUGCAGUUUCUCAAUUCGGGGUGGCCCGCCCAUCAUCCUCCCCGUCCACCUUCCACCAUGAUGUCGGCUCCCGAGGCAUCCCAUUACGGGCACCCCGGUAUGCAUCACGGUCUUAUGGGCGCUCACCAGGAUGAUGUACGAUUCCGAACAACUGACCUGAGUGAGCUGCAAUAUAACACUUCGAACACCUUGUCCGGACUGCCGGGAGCGGUUCACCAUGAACUUCUUCAACCCCAGACCACCGCUCCCCCACCCGGUGCUCCCCCGACUAGCCAGUUGGACCCCCAACUGUUGAGAUACCACAGUGAUCACCUUCCUGCCGGCCACGUUUACAGCAGCCCCCAGUACGGGAUCUGGACUGACCCGGCCCCUGGCGCCAGCUACCUUCCCAACGCACCCAAUUCGCUAGGGUCCAAUGCCGUGUCCUAUCACCCCCACUCAUCCUACGAUAUGCUGGAUGACGGCGAGCCCUGGGAUUCGAAAUUUGCGGUGGACUCUCCCACAGGCGAGUUUGACCGCUGGGUCAACCCUCAGGCUUGAGAACAUUGUGUUUCACCACUUGCUCCAUUCUCAACCCACCUUCAUAACGAUGAUGAGCACAAUGAUUCCAAUGCACCUGCAUCUAAGUUGGCAUUUUUUCCUUUUUAUUUCUCUUUAUCUUUCUUUUUUUGCUUUCUCUCUUUACCUCUCUCUCUUUAUGAGAAUACAGUAGGAAUGGAGUUCGAAGGAGCAAGGCUACCUGGCGUAUGAUGUGGUCCUCACUCAUCUUGUUUCACUCAUUUAUGUUUCCGUUUGAGAGUACCCCUAUGUUGGACUUCGUUUUGCUUGUUUCUGAUUGUCUUGUCUCGGGCGGGGUCGUGAUUUGGAUUAGUCUUAA